UUGUUGUGGCGCUUCCGCAGCAGUCGGGGGGCGGGGAGGGGCUCUCUCUCGCGGCCGCCCUUCCAUCUUCCGCGGCCGCUCAGGAGCCUUCUUCUCUCCCCCGGGGCCGCCGGUGAGAACUCAUCUUAUUGUCUGGAAUGUUUUGAAGCAUAUGGAAUUGUGGAUCACCUAGAUGAGCAAUAUAGAACUUCCAAUAGCAGCCAGACUCUGUCAUCUUGCCAUACAAUGGAGCCUUGCACAUCUGAUGAAUUUUUUCAAGCGCUCAAUCAUGCAGAACAAACCUUUAAAAAGAUGGAAAAUUACCUGAGACACAAGCAAUUAUGUGAUGUGGUAUUAGUUGCCGGUGAUCGCCGAAUUCCAGCUCACAGGUUGGUGUUGUCCUCAGUCUCAGACUAUUUUGCAGCCAUGUUUACUAACGAUGUAAGGGAAGCAAGGCAAGAAGAAAUCAAAAUGGAAGGUGUGGAACCCAAUGCACUAUGGGCUUUGGUGCAAUAUGCCUAUACAGGUCACCUUGAACUAAAAGAAGACAAUAUUGAGUGCCUGUUAUCUACAGCUUGUAUUCUCCAGCUCUCUCAGGUUGUAGAAGCUUGCUGUAAAUUCUUAAUGAAACAGCUUCAUCCAUCAAAUUGCCUUGGAAUCCGCUCCUUUGCUGAUGCACAAGGUUGCACGGAUUUGCACAAAGUGGCCCACAAUUACACCAUGGAACAUUUCAUGGAGGUAAUCAGAAACCAGGAAUUUUUAUUGUUGCCUGCCACUGAAAUUGCAAAGCUGUUGGCAAGUGACGACAUGAAUAUUCCAAAUGAAGAGACCAUCCUGAAUGCAUUGCUGACAUGGGUGCGGCACGAUUUGGAGCAGAGGAAAAAGGAUCUCAGUAAACUCUUGGCCUACAUCCGGCUGCCGCUGCUUGCGCCACAGUUUUUGGCAGAUAUGGAAAAUAAUACACUCUUUAGAGAUGACAUUGAAUGUCAGAAACUCAUUAUGGAAGCAAUGAAGUACCAUUUGUUGCCAGAGAGACGACCCAUGUUACAAAGUCCACGUACGAAGCCUAGAAAGUCUACUGUUGGUGUGUUGUUUGCAGUUGGAGGCAUGGACGCAACUAAAGGAGCAACAAGCAUUGAAAAAUAUGAUCUCCGUACCAAUAUGUGGACUCCUGUAGCAAAUAUGAAUGGGAGACGAUUACAGUUUGGAGUUGCUGUAUUGGAUGAUAAACUGUAUGUUGUCGGUGGUAGAGAUGGACUGAAAACACUGAAUACUGUGGAGUGUUACAACCCCAAAACAAAAACCUGGAGUGUAAUGCCACCUAUGUCUACUCAUCGGCAUGGACUUGGGGUUGCUGUGUUGGAAGGUCCUGUGUAUGCUGUAGGAGGGCAUGAUGGCUGGAGCUACCUGAAUACAGUGGAAAGGUGGGAUCCACAGGCACGCCAGUGGAACUUUGUGGCUAGUAUGUCAACUCCAAGGAGUACAGUAGGUGUGGCAGUACUAGGUGGAAAAUUAUAUGCAGUUGGUGGUCGAGAUGGCAGCUCUUGUCUUAAAUCAGUAGAAUGCUUUGAUCCUCAUACUAACAAGUGGAUGCUGUGUGCUCAUAUGUCAAAACGGAGAGGGGGUGUUGGAGUUACUACCUGGAACGGGUUCCUCUAUGCCAUUGGAGGACAUGAUGCACCCGCUUCCCUGACCUCCCGACUGUCUGACUGUGUGGAAAGAUAUGACCCCAAAACAGAUAUGUGGACGGCUGUGGCUUCCAUGAGCAUUAGCAGAGACGCUGUGGGAGUCUGUCUUCUCGGAGAUAAAUUAUAUGCAGUUGGAGGAUAUGAUGGGCAAACAUACCUUAACACAGUGGAAUCCUAUGACCCACAGACAAACGAGUGGACACAGGUUGCACCAUUGUGCCUAGGAAGAGCAGGGGCCUGCGUUGUGACUGUAAAACUCUAAUUGCCAAGAUAUACUUCUCUUCUUUAGACUCUCCAUGAGGUUUUGUCCCAAAGUAUUAAAUUAUCAUCAAAUGAGGUACUGUGUAUCUUCACAGGACAAAGCGUUUGGUCUUAAUUUGUUAGCUAAAGCUUUUUUUAAAAAAAAAUGGAACACCGUUACGCACUUUAAAACCAAGAAUGCAAUGUGUGUACAUUUACUUGUAACUGAACAUACUGCAGCCGGCUCGACUGCUAUCAAACAUCUUCUAUUUGAAACACAGAUUGAAAAAGUGAGUGGUCUUUAUAUCUGAUGGCUCCUGAUCCCAGACACUCUGGAAGAACAUUUUGGGGUUUUGUUUGAAGCCCAGUUCGAUUUAUUUCAUUCUCAUAAGGUGUAAGGUUUUGGUAGUUACAUGAUGCAAGUAUUGGCUUUCCUUUGUUGAAAAUAUUUUUGUUGUGGCUUGUACAAAGAGAAGCAAAUGCAGACAAAGUUGAGGCAAUUACUUGUAUGUCUUAUCUGAGAAAUCCUAUACAAUGGAUGCCUGUAUUUAACUCUUCACACCACGGCCUUUUUUUUUGUUCAACUGAAGCCUUACUUUAAUAAUGGUCUUAGUAUGUUAAUGAAAUCUUCUGUCGGAUAAUUUUCCAGAUGCUUUGAAGCAUCUAGUUAAUUUGCUGGAUUUUGUAAUGUUUUAUGUAACAUUCAGUACACAAUGAAUAUUUAUAUCUAAUUUCAUUUUUUUUCUGAACCUGAUUCCAUUUUAAUUCUGUGGGUUUCCUCUUAAAAGCAGACCGAGGAAGAGAGGUCGGAGGAUAUCUGAAAUAUUAUUGAAAGUGACUUCCUUUGAUAGUUUCUGAAGCAUUCCAUUAUCUGAAAUUCCAUGUAUCUAAUUUUAAUUACAUUUAAAAUAGGAGUUGUGCAAAUCUUUUUAUAAAGUCAAAACUCCUUAUGGUAUUUUAUAGUAAGUGUUACUUUAAGACGGGUGGGCAUCAUAUUACAAGUGGUACAUCCUUUUUGGAUGUUCAGCACUUUCAAAUAAAAAACACUACCAGUAUUUCCAAGGAUCAUGUUCAUGUGAUUAAAUUAUUUAAUAGUGUAAUUGAUUUUCUUUAGAAUUACCUUAUUGUGUUGAGCUGUUACACUACUCAGAAUGACUUGGGUUCCGAGUGUUCUCUGAAAAGUUUAUAUUUUUUUCUUUUGUGCCUUGUUUCUUAUGUUUCCAAAUAUGUUCUGUAACAUAUUAUUGUACUUUUAUCUUGAAAACUCUGAAACUGUAAACUCAAGGAGCAGAUUUUGAAAGUAAAUGGAACAUAUCUCAUUCCUAAAGUCUUUGCACAUUUGGAACUUUUAAAAUACAAUUUUGAGGUUCACAAUUA